CGAAACCAUUAAUUUAGUCGCAGAAAAAUUAGGAAGCAGACCGAAAAUGUUCACGAUUAAGAAUAAAACCGUUCUGAUCACUGGAGGGGCUAACGGACUUGGCUUUGCCUACGCUACGGAACUUUUGCGAAAUGGAGCCGCGCGAGUGGCGGUUCUCGAUUUGAAGAACUCGAACGGGGAAGAAGCGGAGAAGAAGCUUAACAGUACGUCCGGAAAUGGAAAGGCGCUCUUCAUCGUGUGCGACGUGACAAAACCCGAGGAGCUGGAAGCUGCGUUUGCCAAGACCGUCAAGGAGUUCGGUGGACUCGACAUCGUGAUCAACAACGCUGGAAUAAUGGACGAUUCACGUUGGGAGCUCAUGAUCAACAUUAAUUUGACAGCCUUGACUCGCGGAACGUUGCUGGGGCUUAAAUACAUGGGAAAAGACAACAACGGCAAGGGAGGAGUAAUCGUGAACGUAUCUUCAGUUCUCGGCCUGAUGCCAAUCGAAAUUUUCCCCAUCUACAGCGGGACCAAACACGCGGUCGUCGGUCUGACGCGAUCAUUUGCGAAACCAUAUCACUACGAUAGGACCGGUGUAAGAAUGCUGACCGUCUGUCCGGGCGCUGCGGAUACUCAACUGCUCACCCAAUGCGAUGGACGAACGUUGGACUGCAUCAGCUUGGAAGCGAUCCAACAAAUUAAGGCGGCCUACCCAGUAAUAUCGACCGAUGAAGCCGCGAAGGGUAUGAUUCACGUUAUCCAAAAGGCGGAAAAUGGCGGCGUGUGGAUCAUCGAAUCCGGGAAACCGGCUUACGAAGCUGCGGUUUCCGAUUAUCCCACCGCGAAGAUCCCGACUGAAGGAUUGAUUAAACAGGGUGUGACCGCAACAAACAUGGAGAUACAGAACAAAAUUGCAUUGGUAACCGGAGGGGCCAACGGCAUAGGCUUCGCCCACGUCAGGGAACUAUUGCGAAACGGAGCUGCGCACGUGGCGAUUCUCGAUUUGGCGAAUUCGAAGGGGGAUGAAUCGGCGAAAAAACUGAACGCUGAAUUCGGAUCCGACCGGGCAAUUUUUAUCGUCUGCGACGUGACGAAGCAACAGGAGUUCGAAGAUGCGUUCGCCAAGGUCGUCAAGGAGUUCGGUGGACUCGACAUCGUGAUCAACAACGCCGGAAUAAUGGACGACGCGCGGUGGGAGCUCAUGAUCGAGAUCAACAUAACAGCCGUGGUGCGUGGUACUUUGUUGGCCUUCCGGUACAUGGGAAAAGACAAGGGUGGCAAAGGAGGAACCCUCGUCAACGUUGCCUCCGUGGCCGGUCUGGUUCCGGGAAAGCCCUUCCCCAUAUACCACGGCACAAAACACGCCGUAAUUGGUAUCAGUCGCUCGUUCGGGCACCCGUAUCACUACGACAAAUCGGGAGUUCGAGUCCUGACGUUGUGCCCGGGAGGCACGGAAACGCAACUGGUUACGAAAGCUGGCGGACGAAUGUUGGAUAUGGUUGAACAACAAGAGCUCUUUGAUCUCCUCGACAGCAUCCCCAUUCAACGACCAGAAAGUGUGGCGACGGGCAUGAUUGAAAUCAUAAAGGCUGGCGAAAGUGGAAGUGUGUGGAUGGUCGACAACGGAGAACCGGCUUGGGAGGUCGACAUUCCCGAAUAUCCGGUGAAGAAGGCUUCGACGUGAGGGUGAAAGCUUAUCGACUUCGGUUGUACGCCGGCAUUGAUGCAGGGCGAAAGAAACGAUCGAAAAUGACACCGAGCGGAAAAGUUUUUAACCCCGACCUACUUCAUUGUUAAAUCGUUUACGAUGUAAUAAAUCACAUGUACCUCAAAUGGAAUAGCAUAUUCUAAUACGAAGUUUAGAUUCGAGUAUACGACCUCGAAUAGCGAAUAAGAUAUUUCAGAAUUUUUGUUUCUUUUACUUUGGAGAUGGUAUCGACAGCAUCGAGCAAAGAGUCGAUAAUGACUUCAGCAAUCUUAUUGAAUGACAAAUAGCGACGAUUUUGAAGAAAGAACGUCAAAGCCAAUAACCAAAUAUAAAUAAUUUUCGAUUGAAUCAAACAUUUUUUCCCGAUUAAUCGACUGACUCGAUUAUUUUUCCCUCAUAAUCAGUUUUUGUUUUUUACUCCAAUGAACGACGCAAUGCAAUAUCAAUUCAUGUGAUUAGCGUAUCGAUUACUAACAUUGUCUUACUAACUAAGUAACUAUCCGAUGCGAUAAAUGAAGGAUAAAUGAAUAUUUUUACCUGAAAUUGAAAAAUAUUUUGGAUGAAACUAUAAAUUAUCAAUAAUAUUUACCGCUAUCAAGACAACGUAUUGAAAUUUACGAAAUGUUUGUUUCAUAUGCGCCGUUUCAACGAAAUGAGAAGUAAUCGGUUAAUCGAUUAACUUUUACCGAUUCAAUCGAUUGAUAGAUUACUUCCGUUAUUCUUCCUUACAGUUAUACCCAAUUGAUAAGUACUUCGGUUAUGUAUCGAUGCGUGAAAUUGUUUUCAAACUGUUUUUUUUUUCUAACAUUCACAAUUUCGAAGGAUAUACUUCACCUGCACGAUGAAACUUGAUGCAAAUACGACACGUGAGAAAAGAAACAACGGAAUAACAGGUAACAUCGUGUAAGAAAAAUGCAAUUAUACUCAUACUUAGACAUGAAAAUCCUCCAGUUGAAACGUAAUGGAAUUGCAGGGAGUUAUUUAUAUAGGUACAAUAUUAGGUAUUUACACGUACGAGUCUGAGUGAUAAAUAUAAAAAAUCAUUUACUUACGAAUGUUUGAAAUAAAAAUAAGUACAUAUAUUGUAUGUAUAAUACAUUUUAAAUUCUAAACUAAACUAAGCACGUGUCCACAUAUUUGAAAAUAGCAGUGAUCUGAUACGUAGACAAACUAUGAUUAUAACAAAUUGAUUCUCUGCUGAAAAUACGUUCUAUUAUACUGUGGGAGAAGAUAAUCCGCGCGCGUCGCAAGAAUGAAAAAUAUGCAAUAAAUUUCGAGUUCAAGCGAUUAGAACGAUGAGAAAACUUUGUUUCACGUUUUCGUUUUUCAAACUUUGCAAAGUUUUUACAACAAACUCUAGGAACACGUGUUGGAUCAAUAGUUUUUUGUAAUAAGGCUGAUAGUAAUGAACUCACCGGGUGAGCCGUAUAAUUUAGUAGUUUCAAGAUCGUUAAUUAUAGAGUUUAGUUAUUUUUUAUCUUUGUUUGUUCACGAUGUAACGUAGCAACGUGUGUGAAUAAUAAUGUUAAAUAUCGUUACAGUACAACGCGUAUCAUCGGACGAUGCAACGCAAGCGCGUGAGUCGUAACAUUGUACGUAUACCGUUCUAUAUAUUUUAUCAGGAUAAACUAAGAACAUAUUUUUCGUUGCGCGUCUAGGUGAUAAGAUAUUUCAUAAUUUUCUUUCGCGACAUUCUU